UCUUCAACCCGCCACCUUUCACCUUCCCGGUGUUCCUUACCAUUAUACCUCUAUAGCGCUAUCGAUCUCUCGGUCGUUUUCCAAAUUAUCUAUACUUCAUAUAUACGACUAUUUAGUUCAAUUUCAGAUACCCUUCAGCUAAAUCAUUGCAACCUCGUUCAUUGCGACUAUCAAUCCGUUCAUUAUUUUCUCACCAAAUCCGAGCCGGUAUUUCCCGUCGCUUAGAGGCGCCUUCAUCCUGAGUCAUUAGGGCACCUAAUAUUUCAGGCAUCGUUCGUCUUAUUCACUAUGGCGGAUGAUCUUGAUGCCGAGCUGCUCGCUCUUGCGGGUGACGCCUCAGAUGAGGAGGCGUCCUCCCCCCCAAGGCAGAAAGAUGCGUCUCUUUCUGCAUCCCCUCCACGUUCCCCCGAAGCAUCAUCAACCAUGGGCCGUAAAGGAACUGCGAAGCCUACCCGUCGAGGUCGAAAGUCACGGAAAAAUGAAGAGGAGAACGGAGAAGUGUCUACUGCUGAGUCCCACCACUCCCUCGACUCCGCCAGCAUGGUUGAAUCCGACUUGGCGUCCGAUUCUGAAGGUUCAGAUCCUGGCGCUGAAGACGACGGUCCCAUAUUUCCUUAUGAUAAGCUGUAUUACUCCGCGAAGGACAAAGAAGAAAUCAUGGCGAUGCCGGAAAUCCAGCGAGAACAAAUUCUCUCCGAGCGAGCGCAACAGGUUGAUCGCCACAAUCAAGAUCUAGCUCUUCGGCGUCUUCUGGCGUCGCGUGAGCGCGAGGAAGCCCGUCAAGCGAAGAAGAACAAGCGGAAGGCUAGCAUGGCAAAUCUGGAGGAUGGCCAACGAAAGAGCUCGCGCCAGAAGACCACACUUGGUGGUCGCAAGGUCGGCGAAACCUCGGAUGCUAUCCAGGCCUACAAGCGACAGCGUGAGCAGAAGGGCAGACGUGAUGAACUUCGUCGUCGUGAACCUGCAUCCAAGGACCAGCCCGUUCGUUCGAGGGAUAAUAGGAUCUCUGAUGAGGAUGCGGAAGGAGAGAGCGAUGCCGAGUGGGAUGAUAGAGAUCGAUCUCCCUCACUUCCAAAGGAUGAUCCGCCAGCUGAGCUUCGGGACCUUCAGCGAGCUCGUGUCGGUCGGACCAACUUCGCACAGGUUUGUUUCUAUCCUGGGUUUGAUGACGCCAUCUCUGGCUGUUAUGCUCGAGUCAAUAUCGGUCCGAAUAGGGAAACUGGCCAGAACGAGUAUCGUGUUUGCUUGAUCAAGAAAUUCACCGAGGGGCGACCAUACUCUAUGGAGGGCGCUAACGGCCGGUCGUUCGUGACGAAGCAAUAUGCCGUGCUUGCGCAUGGAAAAGCAGAGCGCGAGUUCCCCUUCAUCGCUUGUUCAGACUCUCCUUUCACCGAGGCGGAGUUCAAUCGUUAUCGUCAAACCAUGGCGGUUGAAGACUGCAAGAUGGCCACAAAAUCCGUGCUAGCUGAAAAAGUGGUGGAUAUUAACCGAUUGUUGAACCAUAAAUUCACCCCCGAAGAAUUGACCGAAAAACUGCGAAAGCAGGGAUCGCUGGAUACCAAGUCGACUAUCUUCAAGCGCAUUGAGACCGAAAAGAAAAUCAAGCUUGCAAAAGCUGCCGGUGAUGAAGCUGAAGUUGAGAGGUUAGAGGCUGAACUGACCAGCACGAGCGCACCGAAACUUGCCUUCAGCACGAACUCUUCCAAGCCUCGUGUAGACAAGCCUUCCGAACAUGAACGCUUACUUGAGUUAAACCUUCGCAACCAGAAACUAAACUAUGAAAAUGUGCGUCGUGCUCAGUUGGAAGAGAAAAAAGCCAGUCGAAAAGCCGCUGCCGCAGUUGCCCGUGGAGAAGCUCAGCCAAAUCCUUUCAUGCGCGUCCGGACGUACGCGAGGACACACUACGACGCGAAUGGCAAUGGCCUAGCGCCACAAUCAGAUGUGACGAGUCGGGAUGGAACCCCUGCGACUGGGUCAGAUACGCCGUCGAAAGCAAAUACCCCUAACAGAAGCAAUACCCCCUCCGGCUCCCAAAAGAAGCUUGCUAAGGGGGGAGUCGCCACGAUUCGUCAUCGCAAUAUGGACGAUGAGAACAUUGCAGCCUUGGAUCUAGAGCUUGACAUAGAGAUCUGAUCGCCCGCAACGUUUUACCCAAUUCCGACGUUCAUGAACUGUGUUUUAUUCUACGUACAGCUCUAGUUAUUGGUUAACCAACGAUUCCUUGAUGACGUAUAGAUUGUUGGAGAUUGGACCAGAAACACUAAAUCCUACCUCCAACAGCGAAGCAUCUGGCACAGCGUCGGCUCUUAUAUUUGAAAACGGAUGGAGUUCACUUGGCGUUACAUCUGCUCUACUACACAUUUUGCAUGAACUUGUAUUAUUGAACUGUCUCGACCUACUUUAAACUGAUUUCCCAUCAUACUACGUCUACCCUGUGGCUACCUUUUAAGUGGACAGGUUCCUCAAGGAUUGUCAAUAGAAAUGCAACAUCUAUAAAGGCUUGCAAAAA